AAAAUUACCCCCUUGGACAGCUAAGGGUCUUUCAGAGAUGGAAAAUAGCAAAGUAAAAGAAGAGACUGUUCUCGGUCUUACGUACAAAAAAGAUGAAAGCUUUUGGAAAUGGUAUUCUGAGGUGGUCGCUAAUGGUGAAAUGAUUGAGCACUAUGAAAUAUCUGGCCUUUUCACUUUGCUUCCUUGGGCUAUAUCCGUCUGGGAGAUUAUAAAAAGCUUCUUUGAUGCUGAAAUUAAGAAAAUGAAGAUUAAGAACUGCUACUUCCCACUUUUUGUGUCUCCUGUGAAUCUAAAAAAACAAAAGGACCAUGGGGAGUGAUACGUUUGUAAUUUCCGAACUCAUUUGAUCUCUUGAGGAGAAAAGAAGAGAAGGCAAAGAAGAAGAGGCAAGAAGAUGGAGCAUAGAAGAUCAUAAAACCCAAGAAAGAAAGUUGUUUGUAAAAUCAUUUUUUCUUGGUGAUCUUAGUUCAUUUCUUUCUUGAACUCAUGGAAUGGUCUUAAACUGUUUGAACAUUUGACUUUACUCGAGGACGAGUAAAGAACUAAGUGUGGGGGAGUUGAUACGUUUGUAAUUUCCGUAUGUUUAUUUACGCUUUUAGUUAAUUUUGAUUGUUUAAUAUUUCGGAAAUUACACACUUUCGGUGUAAUAGUUUAGUUUGUUAAAUUCUUGUAAUUUGUUUAGAUUAGGUUUAUUCUGAGCCUAAACAGGUCCAAGAUCAAUCAAAUGAUCAAUGGUGAAGGAAGGUGCAAGAGUACAAGACAAAAAGUAGGAAAAAUCCUGAUUAUUGGUCUAUACUCGGUCGAGUAUAUACAUAUACUCGAUCGGGUAUCUGGUUGACAUUUCAAAUCGGAUCGGAUCCGAAAACAAAGGAACAUGCAGGAGAAGAUUUUCCCACGUUCGAGUGUCUAUACCCGAUCGGGUAUACUUAUAUACUCGAUCGGGUAUAGCUAUAAAAACUACCCGAGUAUUGAUCGAGUAUAGGGCGAAUUCGAUGUUCUACACAUACUCGAUCGAGUAUGUAUAUAUACUCGAUCGAGUACUCGACCUGCACCUCAAAAAGCCUAUAAAUACACCUCCUUUCCUUCACUUUUAGGACACCAAUUCCUUUAUACUUUUAAGCUCAGUUUAGAAUAGUAUUUCUUUUAUAUUUUUAUAGCAUGUUUAGUCUCCAAAUGAGGAGCUAAACUUCCAUUUCUUGGUUUUG